CGGAGGAAAAACAGGUGGUGGCCGUUGCAAUCGCAGCCAGGUCCAGGCCGCUCCAACUCCAGCUCCAGCAGCUUGCCCUUGCCCCUCUCCCCUCUCCGACUCCAACCCAACCCCCCCAUCCAAUGGCCCUCCGGCUCCGCCCCCGUUGUUGUCUCACCUCACGCGCUCCCUGACCUGCCCCGCCCCGCCCCGCCCCCAGCACGACGCGAUGCUCCGCACCGCGUCGGAUAGAUGGACGAUAUUGCUGGGGAGCCGGGAAGGAAAGGGGACGACUCUUCCCGUGCCGUGCUGACGCCACCACCACGCGGCCCCGGUCUCCUCUCGCCCUCCUCUCCUCCGUCUGGAUCUGGUCCUAUCCCCUCCCCACCCUCCGCCGCCGCCGCCGCUGUCCUCGCCCUCCCGGCCUCAGCCACGAGCCAGGGCGCCGGGCUCCUGGCCUCGUCUCGCCUCGCCGGCGAGAUGGACGGCGGCGGGGAGACGCUGCUGGUGCGGAGGAGCAAGGGCAAGAAGAAGAGACCGCAGCCGGCCGCGGAGAGGGGCUCCGGCGGCAGCGGGGACAGGUUCCGCACGCUCUGGCGGGACUACCACGACCUGCUGCAGGAGACUGAGGGAAAGAAGAAGAUGCUGGCGAGCACGAAGCGGAGAAGCCUCGCCUUGCUUGCUGAAGUCAAGUUCUUGCGAAGGAAGUACCAAUCCUUUCUCAAGGGUGGCUCACAGCAGAAACAUUACAAGUUGAAGAAGCAAGCUCGGUACAUGCCAUCUCCAUUGGGAAGCAACAAGGCCACCGCGUUAGGUGAUCAUGGUGCAAGGACCAAAGUGCCUUCUACCAGCAAAAACUCAAACCUUCACUUAAAUCAAGAUUCUGUUCCGAAUGAUGUGGUGAAUGAUCACCAGGGGCAACAGGGCCAUCCAGAAGUCGAAAAGUUUGAUGAGGUCGGGGUGGAUGAAGAUAUGAUGACACCUGAUGUCAAAUUAUCAGUUUGUAGGGAUACAGGAAACUCGCCUGCAAGUGAAGGUAAGAGGACGGUUCCAUGGCAAGAUCGGUUAGCGUUGAAGGCCUAGGUCCUCAGCUGAUGUGGCUAAGAAAUAAGCUGCUUCUCUGAUAGCUGGCUUUGCAACUGUAUCCCUCAAAUGAUCAAUAGUGCUUUGUACAGAAACGAUGGGAUAUGAUAUAUGCAUGUUACAUUGCCUGAUUGAAAAAACUCAGAUGGUUAUACCAUGCGCCUAAGCAAGUUCGACAAGAGGAUUUUGAUUUUAUGAAUGGUUCUGUCCAGGUUUUGGAUUGAC